GACCGCACUUGACGAGGAGCAGAAAUGUGUUGAGCGGGACUGCUUGUUGACCCAAUGUUGGGGUGAAGUGCUUGUUUUGUAAUCGUGUGUGGAUCCUGCGCCGCUUCUACGAUGAUGCGCUUCUUGCUGCUCUUCAGUCGUCAGGGGAAACUGCGUCUGCAGAAGUGGUUCACGCCCAUUACUGAACGUGAAAAGAAGAAGAUCAUCAGGGACAUGACUACCUUGGUGUUGGCACGGCAACCACGUAGCUGCAACUUCCUCCAAUGGAAAGACCUUAAGAUUAUUUACAAGAGAUAUGCAAGCUUAUAUUUCUGCCUGGCCGUAGAAAACCAGGAGAAUGAGCUGUUAGCUUUGGAGGUGAUUCAUCGAUAUGUGGAGCUGCUGGACAAAUACUUUGGCAAUGUGUGUGAGCUGGACAUAAUCUUUAACUUUGAGAAGGCCUAUUUUAUCCUGGAUGAGUUUUUAAUGGGAGGGGAGAUACAGGAGACCUCCAAGCAGAUGGUGAACCGCUGCAUCGAAGCCUCAGACAUGUUACAGGAGGAUGACAGCAGUGAGUGGUAUGAGGUGGAGCUGUUUGGAUGACCUUGAAUAUGGACAGACAGACUCUGGAGGAGUACAUGAGUAAACCUGCGUUUUAAAAAAAAAAAAGAAGGACAUAAAGAAGAAAAGCAUCGAGGAGGCAGAUGGGCAGUAUGUGUCAAAUACGUUUGAGUAUAAAUUUGCCUUAAACUGAUUGUUUUCAACAAGAAGAACUAACUUUUGUGUGCCUUUGCAGCCUGCCUAAAGCGCUUGAGUGUGUUUUUUAAUACUUAGGAUUUGGGGUUUCAAAAUGAUGUCUGAUGGGGGAUUUUAUAUAUGAUGAUGAUAUGUUACUGUCAGAGAAUUGAUUCACCCUCAAAACAUUCUAGUUCUGAAUUUUUAUUUAGAAUGUUCAAAAAAAUGUCAUCCAUGUUUGCAUUUUCAUCCACUUUUAAAUCUUCAAAUGUGUGUGGGAUAUUGUUGGUGUGAGGAGCAUUUUUUAUAAUGUGCAAUUUAUUAAAGAAUGAUUAAAGUGUUUAUUUUGAUAAACUA